ACCAGCCAUCUCAUGUUCUUGAAUAUCACCGUACUCUCCGAUCUCUCUCCGCUACCUCGACCACAAAAAUACACGCGAAGCCUCCUCUCCUCAACGCAGACAUAUAGUCUGAACCUUUUCUUUAGCAGCUCCGCUUCAGUGACGGCACCAUGUCUCUCCCUGAAACAGAGGGUAAGACCAUCCCCGAUGCCUGGGACUACCAGGGCCGCCCGGCCGAUCGGUCCCGCACCGGCGGCUGGACCAGUGCCGCCAUGAUUUUAGGAGGAGAGGCCUGUGAGAGGCUGACGACCCUUGGAGUUGCAGUGAAUCUGGUGACGUACUUGACCGGGACGAUGCACCUGGGCAGUGCCACUUCCGCUAACAUCGUCACCAACUUCAUGGGCACCUCCUUCAUGCUCUGCCUCCUCGGCGGCUUUGUCGCCGACACCUUCCUUGGCCGGUACCUCACCAUCGCGAUAUUCGCCACAAUCCAAGCAACAGGUGUGACAAUCUUGGCAAUAUCAACCAUAAUCCCGAGCUUGAGGCCCCCAACGUGCACCGCGAGUAAUGACCAGCUGUGCACGCCGGCGACUGGUACACAGAUGACGGUUCUCUAUUUGGCGCUCUACACGCUGGCCCUCGGGACCGGCGGCCUCAAGUCGAGCGUGUCCGGGUUCGGGUCGGACCAGUUCGACGAGUCGGACCCGAAGGAGCAGUCCCAGAUGGUCAACUUCUUCAACUGGUUCUUCUUCUUCAUCAGCAUCGGCUCGCUGCUCGCCGUCACCGUCCUCGUCUACAUACAGGACAACCAGGGACGGCAGUGGGGCUACGGGAUCUGCGCCUGCGCCAUCGUCAUCGCGCUGGUCGUGUUCUUGUCCGGGACGAAGAGGUACAGGUUCAAGAAGCUCGUGGGGAGCCCGCUGACGCAGAUCGCCGCCGUGUACGUCGCGGCUUGGAGGAAGAGGCGGUUGGAGUUGCCGUCGGACGCUUCGCUGCUCUUCAAUGUGGAUGACCUGCCGGGUGAUGGGAGUGCGGAGAAGAAGAAGAAGCAGAAGCUGCCUCACAGCAAGCAGUUCAGAUUCUUGGACAAGGCAGCGAUCAAGCCCUCAGAAAUGCCUAAUGACGUCACCGUGGUGAACAAGUGGAACUUGUCGACCCUAACUGACGUGGAAGAAGUGAAGUUAGUCAUAAGAAUGUUGCCCAUUUGGGCCACCAACAUCAUGUUUUGGACCGUCUAUGCCCAGAUGACCACGUUCUCGGUCUCGCAAGCGACCACCAUGGACCGCCACAUCGGCAAGUCGUUCCAAAUCCCCGCUGCCUCCUUGACCGUCUUCUUCGUCGGCAGCAUCCUCCUGACCGUGCCUGUCUACGACAGGGUCGUCGUCCCGCUGACCCGAAGACUGCUUAAGAACCCGCAUGGGCUGACCCCGCUGCAGAGGAUCGGGGUCGGCCUGGUGCUCUCGAUACUGGCGAUGGUGGCCGCCGCACUGACCGAGAUCAAGCGACUGCGGGCUGCCAGGCAUUACGGCCUGACGAACGACCCGAAUGCCGUGAUCCCGCUGAGCGUGUUCUGGCUGGUCCCGCAGUUCUUCUUCGUGGGGUCGGGCGAGGCGUUCACGUACAUCGGGCAGUUGGACUUCUUCCUAAGGGAGUGCCCGAAAGGAAUGAAGACCAUGAGCACAGGGCUGUUCCUGAGCACCCUGUCAUUAGGGUUCUUCUUCAGCUCGCUUUUGGUCACUGUAGUCCACAAGGUGACCGGGAACAAGAAGCCAUGGCUAGCUAAUAAUCUCAACCAAGGGAAGCUGCACGACUUCUAUUGGCUCCUAGCCAUUCUGAGCGCGCUCAACUUCUUGAUUUUCUUAGUGUGCGCCAAAUGGUAUGUGUACAAGGACAAGAGGCUGGCCGAUGAAGGGAUUGAGCUUGAAGAGGAAGGACCUACUUGCCAUGCGUAAGUGGUUUUCCUGCCCCCUUUUUUGGGCUUUUCUAUAGCGUGUGCACUCGUUAUAAAAGUCAUUUUCAGUGUAAUAUAUUCGCGUCGAAAGGGAGAUUGCCGGAGAACUCGUCUCCGAGUUAACAGUAUGUAUUAGGCAAGAAAACGAUGGAGAAGGCGCAGGGCCUAUGCGGUCGAGAACACGGUGACAAAAGGGAUUAUGUGUUCAGGAGUUUCAUUGGAGUGCUCUCAGGAGCUUUUCUUUGAAGGCUUCAAUAAUGUGAUCUCGCAGUUAACUACUUCCCGUCUGUUGAAUUAAAAUUAAUCCAAAACUCCCAACAA